AUGUGUGGCAACUACUACGGCAAUUCCUGUGGUGGCUGUGGCUAUGGAUCCGGACAUGGCUGUGGCUAUGGAUCCGGAUAUGGCUGUGGCUAUGGAUCCGGACAUGGCUGUGGCUAUGGAUCCGGAUAUGGCUGUGGCUAUGGAUCCGGACAUGGCUGUGGUUAUGGAUCCGGAUAUGGCUGUGGUUAUGGAUCUGGAUAUGGCUGUGGAUAUGGCUCUGGCUGUGGUUUUUAUGGCUACCGGCCACUGUGCUAUAGAAGAUGUUACUCUACUUGCUGCUAG